GAUGGAAAUUAAUAAACCUUUCAUUAUUACCAAGCGAUAAGGUGAUUCUUUGUUGCCUCCUGAUUGUGAAGAAUUCAAUGAAGCUAUAGAAGAUAAAAUUAGAUUUUUACAAAGUUCAAAUAUAUUCAUAAUCGUAAGUUAACUAUCCAUUAUCUUUAGUGUGCAUUUAUAUAUUAGUGCAUAAGAUUUCUAUACUAUUUCAUUCAUUAUCGAACAAUAUGUUAUACAUAUGCAAUAUUGUGCUUAGUUAUAGUAGGUGGAAACAUAUUCUGGAUUGCUAGUUCAACCUAUGGAUUUCUUGGUAUCAAUUCAAGAUCAUCUUCCGAAAUUGGAAAAUACCUGUGUUUAACAUCAGUUGUCUUAGCUAUACGAUUAAUUACUUACUUUUUAGUAUGGGCUCUAAUGCAAGGAUAUGCAUAAUAAUAUAAUAUUUUAUCUAAAACUCGAUUAUUAUAGGAAAAUACAACAUAAUAACCAACACCAACUGAAAUUACUGAUGAUUAGAAAUAAGAAAUUGUUUGUGGAUAAUUGUAUUAAGGAACUUUAAUGAUGGUUUAAGCUAUAAUUGAAACUAUAUUCUUAGGAGUCAUCAUUUACUUUGUUGUGUAGGUAAAAAAGUAUAUAACAAGUAAAUAUAAUAUUUUAUAAUUUAAGAUUAUGAAAGUAAUUAAAAAAAAAAAUAAAGGACAUGGAAUCUAUAAGCUUCCAUUGUUUGA